UGCCACCAAACACCACACCCCACACUCUCCCCACUCCACGCUCUUGGGAACCACUGUGCACACCCGACGACGACAGCCUGGAGACUGGCACACAGUCGACGAGCGCGGGGAGAAUGAUGACACCCUGAUGGCUUUGGUGCAACUGCAGAGCAUCCAUAAUCCCGAGCAAACACUUGCACUUGCGCCCCAGCCCUGUCGCAUGUGACACAUACUCACCACCAAGCAUCGUCCGCACCAUCUCAACCGCCCAACAUGGCGCACGGAAACGCAGAAUCCCUCGCAAACCGCGACGCGCCCAUUCCCGUGGUCCAAGUCCAGCAUGCAUCAAACAGCAGCACUCCCACGACCGACAAGCCCCCGUCGCACCGACUCUCCGCCAGCAAGCUCAUGAACAAGCUCGAGUCCCUGGGCGACAACACGGCCCGCGAUUCGGCGGGUAGGAUGGGUGACAAGAUGAUGAACCUACUGCUCUCACAGGUGCUCCCGUCCGAGGACCUCUCCGACAGCCCGCCCUCAGAUUCACACUCGGCUCCGAACAGAAACACGCCUCAGGUCAAAGAUCGCCGCUCCCGAUCCUAUGUCGCCCGGCCCAGCUUCAGCAUCCCCACCAUGUCGUCCAACUUCCGUCGCUUCAACUCGCGCAUCGGUGUCGCCUUUGUCGCCCAAAACAGAGCCAUACGUCUCUUUACCUGGGUAAAGCCUACUCAGACGCUAUCCUUCCUCUUCGUCUGGACCUUCGUAUGCGUAAAUCCCUACCUACUGCCUGUCCUCCCGCUGGCAUGUGGCAUGUUCUUCGUCAUGGUCCCCGCCUACCUCACUCGACACCCGGAGCCUACAAGCAACGCCAUGGACGUGGACGGCAACUUGUGGAGGGGAAGCCUAGGGGGACCGCCGCUCGCAGAUGCCACAACUAUCAAGCCUGCACCCGAGUUCAGCAAGGACUUCUUCCGCAACUUGCGUGACUUGCAGAAUUGCAUGGACGAUUUCAGCAACGUACACGACGCCGUACUGAGUUUCUUCACACCACUUACCAACUUUAGCAACGAAAACCUUUCUUCCAUGAUAUACCUCAUCUUACUCGUCGUCUCGGUCCUCUUAUUCAUCAGCGCGCACCUCCUUCCCUGGCGCGCCAUCUUCCUCGUGCUUGGAUACGCAGUCACAGCCCUCGGCCACCCAACCGUCCAAGACCUGCUCGCAACCCCUGAAACAGAAAAAUUCGUAGCCGAAGUGGAAAACGAAAGUCGCUCCUUCCUGCUUUCCAUUUCCCGCGCAGAUAUUGAGCUCGAAACCUCGCAUGAGACGCGCGAGGUGGAAAUUUUCGAGCUACAACAUCGUGCGCUGCAUGAUGAGCAUGGCGAAUAUGAAAGCUUCAUGUUCUCCCCCUCGCCAUAUGCGCCAUUAUCGCCAUCAAGGAUAAGCGGCGACAGACCGCGCGGCACCCCCUUUUUCGAAGACGUGCUUCCGCCCCGGGGCUGGCGCUGGAGCGACAAGAAAUGGUCGCUUGACCUACUCUCACGCGAAUGGGUCGAAGACCGCUGUGUUACGGGCGUAGAAGUCGAAAUCGAGGGUGAGCGCUGGGUUACGGAUUUGCACUACGAGCUCCUCGAGACGGAGGAAGAUAGAGCAGGCAGUGCACGGCUGAAGCUGAAGAAGAGGGAAGGGUCAAAGGGGGGAAGCAUCGAUUUUACAGAGCAAGAAAAGGAAAUCCUGAGACGGACGUGGGAGGAGAAUAAACCGAGUCGAAAGGGCGAGUGGAGACGACGGAGGUGGGUGAGGGGUGUGGAGAGGAUUCCGUGGAAGCAAGGGUAGUAAGUAAGGUAACUGAUGUAAAAUAAUCGAAACCACAUAUACUCUCUCCCUCAUUCACACAGAUAAUCAUUCCGUAAACGAAAAAAGAACAAACAUUUUGACGCUCCAGAAAAUGCAGUCUCGAAGAAGAAAAAAAGGUGUGUGUGUGGAGAAUGGGAAUCGAUUCC